UUGUGGAAAAACCCACUCGUGUUGUCCACUUGCCUCAGUCUGUGGUGCAGACCCGAAUAAUCUCCAAAGCAUCAAUCUUUCCUUUCGCUUUCUCUUCGUAAACAAGGUAUGAACCUCUUUCCAUCUCCCCUGUUUUAAUUAACACCCUCUCUGUUCUUGUUCUUCUUGUUCUGUUUUUUUUCCCAUAUGGGGUUUUCUCGUAGAACCCUCCUCCCAGAAAACAGCUUGAACAUACCACCUGUUGUGUUCUGUAAUCUUAGUUGUGACCCUAAAGUAAACACACAAGGCUUGUGUGUCGAUUCCUGUUUCAAAAUCUGCCCACAUGUCUGUAAAGAUCGUAUAGUUUUUGUGGGGGAUGAACUUCCACCCCCAUAUCUACCAACUCUUCCUGAACCAUCUCUACCGCCGCCGCCGCUGCCUAAGUAUGUCGAUAAUAAUUCGGUUUAUACAGCCCAGAAGCAUCUGAUCCGAACGAGUAUGAUUGUUGGCUCUUGUAUGAUUGGGGCUUCUCUUCUUCUUUGUAUGGUUUUUGCUGUUAUGAGAUUCUAUUCGAGUCGGAGAAAUAAUCCAAGAAGGAGGAGAAACUCGCCGAUUCUGUUUGCUACAUCGGAUGAUUUUCUUGAUGAGGAUCAUGGGCCUGUUCUUGAUCACCCCAUUUGGUACAUCCACACGGUCGGUUUGUCUCAGGCUUUGAUCGAUUCUAUUACUGUUUGUAAGUAUAGAAAAGAUGAGGGUUUGAUUGAGGGGACGGAUUGUUCUGUUUGCUUGAGUGAGUUUGAGGAAGAUGAGAGUCUCAGGCUUUUACCAAAGUGUAGUCAUGCUUUUCAUAUCCCUUGUAUUGAUACAUGGUUGAGAUCACAUAAGAAUUGUCCUCUUUGCCGCGCUCCGAUUGUUUUUGGUGCUGCUACUAGUGAUCAAGUGAGUGUGCCGGAGUCUUCGAUUGCGAGUGGUUCGAGUUCUGGGGGGAGCAUUCGGGUAGAGAAUUCGGAGAGUGUUGAAGGGAUUGGUAGAGGGACUAGUGAGGUUGGGAGUACAGAUGAUGAGAAUGUCUGUGGAAUUUCGGUUGAAAGUUCAAAGGUUUUGCCUAAUUCUAUUUUGGCUGAGGGAAGUUGUGAUCCAAGAGCAUUGAGCGACUUGGCUGAUAAUAGACGAGUGAGUGAGGAUGAUGUACAGCCAAUUAGGAGGUCAGUUUCAGUGGAUUCAAUGUCUGCUUCAAGCAUAUAUCGUGCUGUGGCCAAUAUUCUUCCGGAACAAGGAAGUUCGAAUUCCCAAUUAGUACUUGCAAAGAGUCCGAAUUGGGGGAUCCUUUCGAAGCAGGACAAUGCAAGUUCUAGCCUAUGCAAGCAUUGGAGAAGUUCUUCAAGUGGUCUUUCUCUGCAGAUGGUGCCAAUGGUAAUGAAAAGGCCUUUGCCCUCUGGCAGGAAGCUUUUUUCAUCAAAACACAGAAGGACUCUUAGCUCAAUCCUUCCCUUGUGAGGAUGGAUGGCCUUCUCAUUGGCCUCGUGUAUCUUUCAUGAUAACUAAAAGCUCAACAGACUGAAGCUGGUUCUGUAAUGAUGCUUUUCGUGUUGCAAACUUGCAAAUCUUAGUUUUUAGGCUGUCAAAUGUAAGAGAUAAAACAUAUAGACCACAACAAGUGUGGUCUUGAGACUUGUUAUUGUGAAUUUACUUCUGUUUUUGAAAGUAAUAGUGUCUUGAAGAAAGAAUGUCUAAAAUUGUCGAGACAAUUUUUACUUUCCAAUUCAGAAAUUUGUCCAAGUGCUAGUGAUGCAAUACAAACAAAUUUUCAAUAUUUAGAUAUUU